AUGAGCAUCCCAACUGCAGCCCUUCUGUUGGAUCCAAAGGCAUACAAGAGACAGAAUACAACUGGUAAUACCUCACCUUUCAUUCAUCAGCUCGAGCACAGUUGCGCAAUGGACAGUGGACAAGUACUCAGAAUUCGACACUCAAGCGAGCCACGCAUUUCGCUUCCUGUUGCGUCAUUUUCCCUUCCUCAGAAGCGUCAGCCUAUAGACGACAUAAAUCUACUCGAAAUAAUAGAUACUCACACAAAUUUCAAAGGUCGAUCUACUCCAGGAAGCAAUAAUAAACCUCCUGAUGCCCAGGGACCCACUUCGACCGGAGCUCCUGUAGGAUCCUCGUUUGACCCGAAGCUGCUACUCGGGCCUCGACAAUACAAAUUCCCCACGAGACCUUCCCCAAAUACAAACAACCUUCACGAUUCGAGUAACCUCAGCCACGGCCGUAAUGGGGUCAAGAUACCUACUAAUACUGCAUCUGGUGGGGCAGACGGCGGGGACCUGCAGCCAGAGUCGAACAAAUCACCUGCGGUGGCACAUGGGAAUAUGAUCGAAGAUAUAUACGGGGUUGAAAGACGAGAAAACCAGCCGCUGAAGCGAAUCAAGGUCGAUAAUAAGUCCUCCACAAGUAAUUACGAUGGACCGGAAGCAAGAUUUUCGACCUCCGGUACCUCAGCUCUUGGGAGCUACAUGAAGGAAAAGCCAGAUGAUGAAGGUCGAACCGCUGUGACUACCAAUAAUACCAUUGACCUUACGGCAGAUAAAGACGACAAGAACGACGACGAUGUCAUAUUCGUUGCUAACAAAGAUAGAGGAGCAGAGGAAGUGUGUUAUGGUAAAAUUGAAGGGGCGACAGUACACGCACACAUCGUCCCGGCUCCCCCAAAAUCCGUAUUUAGCGGAACAACGGCAGACUGGCCUUCCAUCCGGUGCCAAUUAGUGCGGAAACGAAGUCAAAAUAUAACAGUUGAGGUUCGAGACGUCACUGGUCGCUCGUUUGGAGUUUUGGAUACCCAUGUUUCAACCGCUUUGGCGCCUUUACUUGAUAUGACUUUUGACUUGAGAACCCAAGCCCGCCUCGACGUCCGUAGGAGAAGGCCAAAUGAAUGGCCCGGCCAGGCAUGCUCGGAAUUAUUCCGUAUCUCAAUAAACCUAUACGGCCCCAGACGCGUUGCUGAUAACAUUGGACGUUUUCUAAGCCAGAAGAAUAUCUGGCUGGGUUUUCCAAAUGCUGUCGAAGCUGGAAUCUCAACUUACAAUCCCCAUGCUGAGAGACGCCGGUUGAUGGCAGUUGCGACUCAGCAGCAACAGCCACAGCAGUCUACUAGAUAUACUGUUCAGUCUGAAGUUCGUACUGCUGAAGAGAUUAGCAACGCCGUUACAAAGAUGUUUGACCAGCUUCAGGGUGCCCAAAAUCUUCCUGAGAUAGAUACCCCUGAGUUGCUAAGCACGCAACUCCUUCCACAUCAAAAGCAGGCACUUGGAUUUAUGAUGGAGAAGGAGAAGCCACGCAAAUUGGGCCCAGAUGAAGCAGACAACAACUCACUUUGGAGGGUUGAACAUAAAGGAAAUGGGCAGCGCAUCUACCGCGAGAUUAUCAGCGGAGUGACACUCACAACGGAACCACCUCAGAUCCUAGGCGGCCUACUGGCGGAUAUGAUGGGGCUAGGCAAGACUUUGAGCAUCUUAUCUCUUAUAUGCUCGUCACUGCCUGAAGCGGCAGCUUGGGCUCGCAAGAAAUCUGCCGACUCGUCCAUGAUCAAUGCGAAGACCACCUUGCUGGUAUCCCCCCUCAGCGCCGUCGGUAACUGGGUGAGCCAAAUUAAAGAACAUAUUAAGGAUGACGCCCUCUCGGUCUAUGUUUUUCAUGGACCAAAUCGAACUGAAGACCCCAAAGAAUUGGCACAAUACGAUAUUGUCAUAACUACCUACACCACGGUUUUAAGCGACAUUUCUGGCAAAAGUUCUAAGAGAAAAACUAGCCCGCUUGUGCAAAUGAAUAUGUUCCGAAUUGUCCUAGAUGAAGCACAUAUAAUCCGAGAGCAAAGCGCGGCUCAAAGCCAGGCUAUCUUCCAACUAAAUGCACAACGGAGAUGGUCUGUCACCGGAACCCCUAUCCAGAACAGACUCGAAGACCUUGGAGCAGUUUUGAAGUUCCUGAGGCUUUCACCAUAUGAUGAACGAGGUCGAUUUGCCGCUCAUAUCGUCUCGCCUUUCAAGUGCGAAAACCCCAACGCUAUCACCAAUCUGCGUGUGCUGGUAGACUCGUUUACCCUUCGACGAGUAAAGGACCGCGUCAACUUACCACCUCGACAUGACAAGACUGUUAUGCUCACCUUCUCAGAACCAGAGAAGAAGCUUCAUGAUUUUUUCAAGAAGGAAUCUAAUGUCAUGAUGAAUGUCGUCGUUUCUGAAACCCGUGAAAAGACCAGCGGUAAAAUGUACCAUAUUGUCUUGAAGGCCAUGAUGGUACUACGGCAAAUCUGCGCGCAUGGCAAGGAGUUAUUGGACAAGGAAGAUCGGGAACGGUUCCGAGGUCUUACUGCAAACGACGCCAUUGACGUAGAAGCUCUGGAUGAUGAUCAUUCUAUGACAGCCGCCAGUCGAAAGGCAUAUGAGAUGAUAUCAUUGAUGAAGGAAUCAUCGAUCGAUGCCUGUGUUCGCUGUGAAAAUUUCAUUGCCCUCCAAUCUGAUGAUGGCCCCGGUGAUAAGAAUGCAAUGGUGGCAGCCAUUCUUCCCUGCUACGACCUUUUGUGUGCUGACUGCUUUGCGCCGAUUGCGCCCAAACUGGACGAAAUGGCCGGUAAGCCUGUGCAGGUUUCCUGCGCUUUCUGCAAAAGCGUAAUAGCUCCGGCCUAUUCCGUCAUAACUACAGCCGGCUUCGAAGAAUAUCAAGCCUCGUUGCUGGAAAACAAAAAGAACCGGAAACAAAGCAAAGAAUUUGGACUCUAUGAAGGCCCUCAUACCAAGACAAAAGCUCUGAUUUCAAGCCUUUUAGAUACGGCUGAAGAAAACAAAAAGUCACCACACGAACCACCUAUCAAAAGUGUUAUAUUCUCUUCUUGGACAUCACAUCUCGAUUUAAUAGAGGUAGCUCUAGAGGAGAACGGCCUCACAGGUUACGCCCGUCUGGACGGUACGAUGUCACUAAAGCAGCGGAAUUCAGCGAUAGAAACCUUCUCGAAAGACGAUGAUGUUACAAUCCUUCUAGUGACAAUAGGCGCUGGCGGAGUAGGCCUCAACCUAACUGCGGGUUCCAUGGUUUAUAUCAUGGAGCCACAAUACAACCCUGCCACCAUUGCUCAGGCUAUCGAUCGAGUGCAUCGUAUCGGCCAGACGAGGGAAGUUACCACAAUCCAAUAUAUUAUGAAGGAUAGCAUUGAAGAAAAGAUCACUGAGCUGGCGAAACGGAAGCAGAGACUUGCAGAUAUGAGCUUGAAUAGAAAGAUGGAUAGAAGAGAGAUGCAAAAGGAGAGACUCGAGGAGUAUAGAAGCUUGUUCAAAUGA